CCGCGCAGGAGCUUGGGGUCAGGGUGGAGCGUGGAGGAUAUGUUUGUUGUUUGCGUAGAAAACGAGAAUGAAGUUAAAGGGUCCUUUAUUUUCUAGUCGCUUGGACCUACGUUUUACAUCUUACCUUUAGCUUCUUGGAUUUUAAGUGAUAUUUUGAAGAUACGGUGGAUAAACAUUAAAACCGCAAUCACUUCAGGUUUUAUUUUUAACACAUGCAAGGUGACCAGCUGUGACCUGCUGUGACCUGCUGUGACCCGCGGUGACCUGUGAUGACGCGGUGACCUGCCGACCGCCCGGGGAGGGGAGGAACCCGACUGAGACACAAUGAGCGUGGCGGACAGCGAUGGCGAGCCGCCGCUCUGGAUCAAAACGUCGCCGCCGGACUCGCCGGCCGCCGACACGGAGGAAACGGCGGCUGAAGGUGACGGCGCCAUGAGCGCGGUGCCUGCCUCCGGCGGCGGGGACAGCUUCACUGGGGGCUCCCUGCUCAGCAGCACCCUACUCAUGGGCACCAACUCGUCACCAUUCGGCGGCAGCCUGCCGUUCAGCGGCGACUGGGCCAGCCGGCUGAAGGAGCUCGACGCCGGCGGCAACAUCGGCGACCUGCUCACUGACCGGCUCUGCCGAGACCUCUCGCCCAGCGCCAUCGACGCGUGCGUGGUGUGCGGCGACCGCGCCUCGGGCCGGCACUACGGAGUGGUGAGCUGCGAGGGCUGCAAAGGCUUCUUCAAGCGCUCCAUCCGCAAACAGCUGGGCUACCAGUGCCGCGGCACAAAGGACUGCGAGGUGACCAAGUACCACCGCAACCGCUGCCAGUACUGCCGACUGCAGAAGUGCCUCAGUAUGGGGAUGCGCAGCGACUGUAAGGAGUCGAGGAACAGCUCGGGCUACAGCCGCGCCGCGGACCCGGCGCCGGCAGCCGCGGCUGGCGAUCAGCAGGCCGCCUCUCCGGCGCUCAUCGGCACGCCCAGAGACACGACAGCAGGGAGCGCGCGUCGCACCUCACCCGACAUGUCCAACCCGCGCUUCACCCUCCAGGACCGCAUCAACUCCAUCAUGGAGUCGAGCGUAGUGCAGCGGGGUUACGGCAAAACCACCACUGGCUUCUUCACCGAGUCCGGUAACGGCUCCGUCUCUCCGUCGGGCGACGGCGACCCGCUGGCGCUGGGCGGUGAGCCGGCCGCUCAGGACGCCGUCACGCGCGCCGUGGACCGGCUGACGGCCAGCAUGGCCGCCGACGAGCUGCCGGCCAAGCCGGAGCCGGAGGAGCCGCUGCCGGACGGCCCGCUGCUGCCCGAGGCCAGCCUGACGUUCAACGUGGCGCCGCCGCCAGCCCAGGCGCGCCUCGACUCGGCCUAUAUCACGGAGAUCGGCUCCCGGGUGCUGAUCUCCGUGCUGGGCUGGGCGCGCGGCGUGCCGGCGUUCGCCGCUCUGGCCGGGGAUGUCCAGGAGAGCCUGGCGCGCGCCCGCUGGACCGAGCUGUUUGUGCUCGGUCUGUUCGAGUGCCGCGAGACGUUGGGCCUGGCGCGGCUGCUGUCUGCGGUGGCGUCCCACCUGUCCAGCACGGUACACGAGAGGCGCACUCAGGUCGGCAGACUGAGAAUGGUUACGCAGCACCUGUACAUGAUCCAGGAGUUUGUCUCCGCCCUGCGGCGGCUCUCUCCCUCCGCCGCCGAGCUGGCGCACCUGCGCGCCAUCGUGCUAUUCCAGCCGGACGGCCAGGAGCCGGCGGCGCGCCCCCACCUGCGCCGGCUCACCGCCGCCGCCACGGCCGGGCUGCGCGAGCAGUGCGGCACGCCGGCGCGUCUGCACCAGCUGCUGCUGCGGCUGCCGGCGCUGCGCGGCAUGAGCCCGCUGGCCGUCGACCACCUGUUCUUCCCGGAGAUCCCGCUGACGGGGCCCGUGUCGGCCAACCAGGCGCGCAUUGAGGAGCUGCUGCCGCACAUCAUCCGCGGAGACGCCGACGAUAUCGUGGCCUCCGAGCAGCCGACCCCGAUGGAAGGAUCACCAGAGGCCGGCUCCGACCCGGGCGCCUCCUCUGAGUGACGUCACCGCCCGGGUCUGAAUGACGCCACCGCCCGGGUCUGAGUGACGUCACCGCCCGGGUCUGACGCCGCGCAACUAACCGGCGAGUGACGUCAUGUCCAGCUGAGUGACGUCAUCAUCCGUGUCUGAAUCGCCAGCGACCGGUGAGCCCCAUCGGGAUCGCUGGUGCUCUCUGCCUCUGUCGGGACUGCAACAUACGUUCCUUGCGAUUGAAGGAUAGAAACGGCCCGGAACUGCCACAGAAAAUCCCACGACGAUACGGGAACGUGACGUGAAUGUCGUGGUUCUCUGUCUCGGAGGGGCUCCGGCGCUGACCGGUCGUCAGUGACCGGUGGUCGGAGUGACCGAUUGGCCGGUACGCAGUGUGUGGUGAAGUGCGGUGGUCCGAUCUGGGACGGCAUGAAGUGACCGUGCCACACAUUGUGUGCGAGUUGGGACAGUGGGCAGGACAGAGCGGUUCGGAGGACCCCUGAACGGACGAACUCGGCAUGGCGUGGGCUCACCACGCUGUGACCGUUUUAAUUGAGCAGCUGAGCCUGCUCAUAAGGCUGUUUUUCAGUCGAUCUCUGAGUGUUUGUCAUUUUUAACGUACCACACAUGAAUUGAGAGCGUGGAUGACCUGAAGUGGUCGUCGAGUUUAGUUUUAAAAUCAAACGAAGGCGUAACGUUUCACUGAUAACGUUGUGAGAAUGCUGAGCCAGCAGUGUCUCUGUGCUGGUUGGUUUUAAGCGACGGAAUCGGACCUUUGUGACUGUCGUGACAGCAGAUUCUGUCACAUUCGGAGGACCGGUUACCGUUGUGUUCCGGUACCGUCGUAACAGUGGAGUUUCGAUGGACGCCGGAGCGGCUCAGUGCAGCUCUGAGGGUCGGAGCCGGCCACCACAGACUGCCCGCAGAAGGUGGCUAUGGCUGCAGACGGCGAGAGGCGGCCGCCGGCUGCGGCUUUGAGCACGAGCCGUGGAGCUGUGAGGAGUUCCUGAUGUGAGCGCCGGCUGUGGAUCGGGUGCGGCUCCGGGACGCUGUGCUGACACAGCCGCCCUGUGUCUGCGUUGAAAAGACAUGCUGUGUUUGUGUCGUGGUGUACAAAGGCCGAGAGUGUCGGCGGCGCUCCAUACCGCUCAGUGGCGACACCUGCCGCCGCGCCGCCAGCGACAUCUGUGUACAGCGCGGCCAGCUAGCGCCGUCCCGAGUUUUUUCACGUUGCUCAGUGCGAAGGGACCGACGGUGUUUGAACGCGUGCUAAUGUUUUAGUGGGAGGAGCGCGCGGGCUGCAUGACCAGGCCCGCUCGACUCCGGGCAUUUCCUGAACCCACCCUGACGGCCCGUGACAAACGGCUAGGUUUUAUCGGCGCCUGCGUGCCUGCGUACGAAUGUGAGCGCUGGAUGGCUACGUCUCCUGACUGGGAGACUCGGCAAAACAUGGAAAAUUUUAGUUUUGUAUUACAAUCGACCUGCAUGACUGAAAUUUCCGAGUGUAAGUGGUUUUAUAGUGCGCGAGUGGGUUUUAUAUUUCUAGUCGGGCCGUUGGCGAGUGGCAACUUUGUACGUACCCACUGUAAAUGCAUUCUGACCAAGA